AUGAGUAACAUUAGAAAUUUAGAAACUUCUGCUCCGGGGUAUAAUCCGUACAAAGGAGAUAGUAGAUAUAUUUCUGAAUAUGAGACAAAUAGAGAAAGUUUUACAACUGAUAUUACUAGUUCUCCCGAAAAUAUAUUAUAUCCUGAAGAAGUCGCCCUUCAUAGGUAUAAUUCAACAAAGAAUGUUGUACCAGGUCCUGCUGUUAGAAAACUUGCAAGAGGCGAUUCCGUAAAACAAAUACCAAAACUUGAUAAGUUUGAUCCCACUAGUGGUUUUAAUUCAAGUGUAACUGUCAAAAAACCCGUUACCUUGAUUGAAAAAUUUCAAUCAUGGAUGAUUAAUGAAGCUUUUGGCUUUACAUUUAUAACUGCUCGUUCCGCUGCCUUGGUCUUACACGUUGAUGCUGCUAUGAUUUUAUUCCCUGUUUGUAGAAACUUAAUUUCUGUGCUUCGUGCUACUCCCCUAAAUGGUAUUAUCCCUUUUGAUGAGAACAUUGAAUUUCACAAAGCUAUCGGUUGGUCUCUCGCUUUCUUCACUGUUGUUCACACCGUUUCUCAUUGGGUCAACUUUUACGAACUCGCUAAAGCUCAAAAUGGUGGUUUCGUCAUGUGGCUUCAACUUAACUUCGCCACUGGUCCCGGUGCUACUGGUUAUGUUAUGUUAAUUAGCUUAGGUAUUAUGGUCUAUACUGCUACUGAAAAAGCCAGAC